UAUAGAUCGGCUUCGUGUUCCCUUCCUUACUGGUGGACAAAUUAUCGACUGGUAGUGGUACGGGGUUGGUAAAUGAUGCUAAUAGUCCAUAAAGAGGACCUCCAGCUUUAAUUUCCACAAGUGAGCAUCCUUGCUGGAGCCAUUUGAAAGCCAUUUCGGACAGAAUUUGGCAAGAGGACACCUUAACCUUCAAGACCAUUGCUCCAGGAUUUCCGAGAUGGAUGAUUCAGGAUGUGAUGUGGUGUUACAGCGGAAUGAAAUCAAUGGUAACUUUGCCAUUCCUCGCCACCUUUGCCAACCCUUCGGUGAAGAUGAAGUAGAUUCCUCCAGGGUCAUGAUACCUUUGGGUGAGGAUGAAUCCGAUGGCUCUCCCUCAAAGACUCUGCCCUGCUCUAUCAUUGCCGACCUUGACAGGCUGGGGAAGGCCAAAAAUGACAAUGACGAUGAAGGCUAUCAUUCUCAGGAGUCAGAGAAGCACAGGUUUGUUAGUAUCCAAAGAGAUGAAGAAUCGGCUUUAAAUAACAAUAUCUGUCCCUCACUGGAUCCUAGCCUGUCGGGAGAUGCCACUGGAAAAGUACUAGGUGUAAGCAUGCCUCCAAAUUACAUUAUCAGAUCAAACCAGAGGAGGACUUCAUUUAGUCCAAAUGAAAAUGGAAGUUCCCAGCAGCUUGACAAUGCUGGAAGUCAUGUCGGUGUUCAGGUUAGAGCGAUUCCAUCAAGACUUUCUUUGGAGGACAGCAAAGCUAAAAACAUAAAUACUCCAUACUCGCCGCGGUCAGAUUCAGUACUGAACAACACUUCUGUAGAAUGUUAUAGAAAGGAUGCCUCUUCAGAAAAUGUUAAUGAAAAUGCCAAUCAGAGGACAUUAUCAGGCUUGAAAAGGAAGUGUGAGGAUGAAACCCCCAGGCCAUUGGAUGAGGCAGGUGUGUCGAUAUCCCCUAGGAAGAGGAAAGAAAGAGAUGAAGAUGAUGGUGGUGAUGAUGAUGGUAUGAUCACUCCUACAUGUAUGUCAGCUGAACCAGAUACCAAGAGGAUGAGAACAGUCGAUGCCAUCCCAAGACAAUAUCCACAAGCUCCUUUGAUGAGACAACAGCCCAGAAUGCGGAACUCCUAUGACAUCCAAGGACAGGCUAACUGGGUUGUAGAGCAACCUCGAGACUGCACCUUUCAUAUUUACCAGCCCCAAGGCUCAUCAUCAGGAGGUCCUCCCAAGCAGCAUCCAGUGGAGUGGGCUGGGAUGAACAUCCAUCAGGUCCAGGAUGAAGAUCUGAAGGCAGCAUUUGAAGCAUCAUCCAAGGCCAUCUCAGUAGCCAUCAACUGGAAGAGGUUUGCCAGGAUGCUCCCUGUCUCCAGGAGCCCCUCCCUGGAGAAGGAGCUCAGCUCCCUGGAAUCAUGCAGUGGAUCUGCUCAGGAUAAAGCCAUGGCAGUGCUCCUUCGCUGGUGGAGGGAGGAGAAUGGAUGCCGGUGUGACGACGACGUGAAGGACAGACUGAGGGAAGGUCUAGGGGACUGUGGACUGAAACGGGUGGUCAAAGACCUGGAUCGCAUCUUUAAGAAAGGUAAUCCGUAGGCUGUGAUGAUUUGAAGGGAACUGAACACUGGACCUGGAGUCACUCACAAAAUGUACCUCUUCAAGCGAUGGAUUAAUGAAUGAUUGGUUGGAUGGUUCAUCAGGCGACCCUCUGUCCUGACCUCAACAGUGCCUCACCAUACAUAAACAUGUGCAUAUUAAUAUAUUUGAUUUUGUCAAUUAAACAAUUCAUUUACAUGAAUAAAUUACUAAAUUAAAAGUGAAUGGAGCAUACAUUAAUUUAAUUAAUGCCAUAAAAUUUUGAAUAUCAAGUUGUUAUAAAAUGCUUUUAAAAACAGGGUAUUUUGCUGAAGUGUUUAGUUUGAUGCAAAUCAUAACAUUUGGUCUAAAUUCAUAUGUGUAUUUUAUGAAAGCAAAUUAUCAUGAUUUUAUAACCAUUAUACAUUAAUGCUGAAAAUUACAAUUUUGAGCAUGAGCAAGAUGCUUGUGAAAGCAUAAAACCGAGACACCACACCCUUCUUUAUUAAAUUAUAUUGUAUCUUAUAGUGAAUUCUCGUUCUCUUUUAAAAAGUUGAGAGUAAUUUUAAUGCAACAUCUUUUCUAAGAGAAAAGGAAUAAAAGGCAGCAUAUGUCGUUAAUGGUACUACCUAACAGAAGUAGGCAUAGGACUUCAAAAGCAGGGACACAAAUCCUCGCAUCAUUUCAGAAAAUGUCUUAUCUUUUUGUAGCUCUUUUCAUUUGUGAUUGACAACCAUUGUAGUUCUAUGAAUAGCAUAGUGAUAUCAGCCAGUUGCGUCUUCUUCAUGUUUUUUAACUUUGUAAAUUUUCGAGAGUAAUUUUACUGUGUACAUAUUUGAUCAACUGUAGAGUAAUGCCAAAGUAAGAAUCAUUUGAAAUGUACUUUUUUCUAUUAAUAUCAUAAUCAUGUACUAGAUCCAAAAGUAGUAUACUUCAAAUACAUUGCAAUUGACAAUUUGACAUACUCUUUUGAAAUAGCUUAUGCAUCAUUUAAUGGUACUGUUGACCUCAUAUGCAAAGAUUUGGAUAACAGAUGUUAUUUACCUUAAUCAUACAUUUUGUCUGAAACUUGGGUACUGGUAUGUUAACGUUACCAAAAAUUAAGCAUUCUGUCAAAGCCAUUGGCAAGUUAAAGACCAUCUUGUAUGGAGAUAUUUUUCCCUUUAAAGUUUAAUACUUCAUACUUCUUUGCUCCUUAAAACCUGAAAAGUUUGAAAAAUACUGAAAGUUUGUGUAUAAAGGACAAAUUCUAUGUCCUCAGAUUCAUAUGUUUACUAACUGAUGUUGGAUGAGGAGUUUGAGAUGCUGCUCUUGGUAUGUCUCCGAUUUGUAUGACCCUCCUGGCCCUCAGUGUGUAAUUACUGGGAAUGUCCUUUCUGAAAUAUUUUGUGCUGCUCACCAUUUAUUUUGUAUAAAAUGUGAUUAUACAAUCCUCUUCAUCUGCUUGUGGAUGAAUGUACAACUUGUCCCAGAUUUGAAACAAUCUUUUUUUUUCAUUUACAUCUAAUGGAGAUCAGUAAUUUAUUUUCUGCUGCAGUCUGCAUUGUGAUGUACACUGUAUGUGCUCAGAAAAAUCAUACUAUUGUGUUUAAUAAGGUACAGCAUAUCUUUUUAAUUGAAAGCCAGGAAUAUUGUUAGGCCUGGCUAGCGGUUUUCGCUAAGUUUUGGAUUAUUUCUUUCAGCUUUCAAAGUGGGAUAAAAGUCAAUUUAUCUUGGAAAGCCUUCUGUAUUCAGUUAUUAUUAUCCCAUUUUCUAGAGCAAAACAGACAUCAUUUUUAUUUGCCAAACCGUUCAGCUGAUUGUCCACCUUUUAUCAUCAUUUUUAAAACUUUACACUGCCAUAUUGUGUUUGUAGUAUUACUUGUAUAUCCUUUUAUGUCAUUUUUAGCAUUAUUUUUUGUAUCAUUAUGUUAUUAUGUUUUACAUAUGUUCAUUAGUAUUCAUUUGCUGUACAAAUCAUUCUAUCACCUUGUUAGUGUUGAAAUAAGGUUCCUUUCUAGACGUUUUGUUUUGUGUAUUAAAGUAGGAAGACCAUUACAGAUAUUUGAAUCUUAUUCAUUUAAAUCAGAUUGUGGGUCUAAGAUCAUGUUUAACAAAGGAAAACUUAAAGCUCAUCUGUAUUAGUUUGGCCAGUACUGUACUAGUCACUGACAGGUGGCUAUCUCAUCAACUCAGCUCUCAAAUAACAUAAGAAAUGGGGGACCAUCAGGCACCGAUUGGGGAAGUCUUCUAUAUAGAGGGAGCAAGUAGCUACAAGUAGUACAGUGGGGCUUUAAGACCUCAUACCAACUUCCUUUGUUAAACCCGAUUCUUGAUAAAAGCUUAGGCCAAGCGUGAGCUAUCAGUUUAGGAGAAUACAGGCCAAAGAGUGCAGAGGACUCUUUUGUUUUUUUAAGAGGAAAUUUAAAAUUUGAUUUUUGAUGUGAAACUUGUUCUGACAUGCAGGAGAUCAAGGGCAUAGUAGAAGACAUUAAGAACAAAGAGGAUGUUAUUAUACCCCGACCCAUAAUAGGGAGAAUCUUCUCGAUGGCAAUCAGAUGAGAAAGGAAAUAAUGAACACUAGUUGACGUUAUCGAUUGGUGUUAAUGAGAAUUUGGUAGAUGUUGGUAGAUGUUGGGGUGCUGUCAUCAUGUAAAAUGAUUUAUUGUUUUAAUCACUGUUCUUUAGUUGAUGUGUGGAAGGAUACAAGAUGACUUUUCUGUCCGUCUCAUUAAGGCAUUAUUCCUAAUGGGGAAAAGAAUAGCUUAAUAUAAUGCAAGUACUUUUUAUAUUCUCAUUUGAAAGUAAUGAGUCCUUUUUUUGACCCCCCCCCCCCCUCAACCCUCAAAUCAUUGCAAUGUUUGUCUCUUCUCAGCACUGCAGGCUGGUCCUGGAUAGUGCCACGUUUCAAUCAGUACUACUUCUGUUAAAUUUUACCGUUUUACAUCAAUACAUUGUAUUUUUAAUGUGAAUAAAAUCGUCUCUCUCCUCUUCCAUGCAAAGGAGACAUAUUCCAGGGAAUUUCAUGGAUAGUUUGGUAAAUUUAGGACCACUCUCCAUCUUGAAACCUUUAUAAAUAUUGGCCCUACCCCCUUCAUCUUUUCCUCAUUUGAAUGCACACAAAAAGUACCCGGUAGGUCCGUAGUUGUUAAUUUAAUUGUGUUUUUAUAGGAUUAAGUCCUACUUACAAACCUUUGUUUAUUGAAGUUUUUAAGUAGGGCCUUCCGGCAGAAAAUAGAUGUAAUGCAUGUAGUACAUGUAUAUGCAAACCACCUUUGUCAUAUGCUUUUAGGGAAUUUUUUUUUAAAUGUAUGACAUUUGUUUUUACUAGUGCCAUUGGGUAUUUAGAUAAGUACUGAUUUUUAAAUUGUAAAUAUACUUUUGCAAGUACAAUGAGAAAUAUCUCCCUAGUAUAUGUAUUGUACUGUGAACUUGAAAUGCUGUAUUAUAGGACUACUGAAACCAAAUGUAUUCUGUAUUUGAAUUGUUUGUGAAUACAAUUGUAAUAUAUAAA